AUGGAUGAAUUAAAUAAGAUUGACAGCUGUAAUGCGACUUGGUGUCGGCCACCUCUGCCUAAUAAUUUUCAUCCUAAUCAGGAUUCUCUCACAUUUCAGCAGUUUGAUAUUGAUCAUCAUAUAAGCAAACCAGUAUUUGCCAUACCAGGAUCCAGUAUAGAUAACAUACCCAUAAUAACGAUGUAUGGAGUAACUAUGGAAGGCCAUAGUGUAGCUGCCCACGUUCAUGGUUUUCAUCCAUAUUUAUUUGUCUAUGCCCCCGAUGGUUUUAAAGAUGAAGAUUGUGAACAAUUUCGGGAAGCUUUCAACAAAGCUAUAAAGACAAUGAAGGCAAGUCAGGAUGCCACCCACGCGGUUAUUGGUGUCGAAGUUCUUAUGAAAAAAAAUGUGUAUGGCUACCAAGGAAAAUUUUUCUCAAAGUUCCUAAAAAUCUCGUUACUGCUGCCUAGCAUGAUGGGGACAGCCAGGAAGUUGCUGGAGCAGGGGUUUACCUGUCCUGGCUAUCCACAAACACCCUUCAAAUUAUUUGAGAGUAAUGUCGAUUUUGAUACUAGAUUUAUGGUUGACCUUGACAUUCAAGGUUGCAGCUGGGUGGGAAUUCCGGCUGGAAAGUACAGAAUGAGAUCGGAUGACGGAAGAAAUAAUGAUUUGAAACAGAAAACUAGAUGUCAAAUCGAGGUUGAUGUAAGGUUAAGUGACGUCAUAGCCUAUCCGGUUGAGGGUGAAUGGUUGAAGUUGGCACCUUUUAGGAUUCUUAGCUUCGAUAUCGAGUGUGCUGGAAGGAAAGGGAUUUUUCCUGAGCCAAAUGUUGAUUCAGUCAUCCAGAUUGCUAAUGUUGUUGUCAAACAGGGAGACAAAGAGCCCUUCAUACGAAACGUAAUGACCUUGAACUCUUGCGCACCCAUUGUAGGGGCCCAAGUGCUUAGCUUCGAGAAAGAAGCUGACCUCAUAAAUAAAUGGGCGGAGUUCGUCAGACAAGUUGACCCAGAUAUAAUAACAGGCUACAACAUCCAGAACUUUGACCUGACCUACUUGUUGAAGAGGGCUGAGCACUUGAAACUGAAGCACUUUCCUUAUCUGGGUCGGAUCACAGGGGUGAGGUCAGAGGUUAAAAGUCAUAUACUGCAGUCAAAACAGAUGGGGAGGAGGGAAAAUAAGUCGAUCAAUAUUGAUGGGCGGGUCCAGUUUGAUCUGUUGCUGGUCUUAUUAAGAGAUCACAAAUUGAGGUCGUACCGAUUGAAUGCCGUCUCGUUUCAUUUCCUGCAAGAGCAGAAAGAAGACGUUCAUCAUUCCAUCAUCACUGAUUUGCAGAAUGGAAAUGACCAGACGCGCAGACGUCUAGCCGUCUACUGUCUGAAGGACGCCCUCCUUCCUCUUCGUCUCAUCGAGAAACUCAUGUGUAUCAUAAAUUACAUGGAGAUGGCUAGAAUAACCGGCGUCUCCUUGAGUUCAUUGCUGUCUAGAGGUCAGCAGAUCAAGGUCAUGUCACAGCUGCUACGAAAGGCAAAAGAACGAGGGUUCAUAAUUCCAGUUCACAAGGUGGAAGUUGGUGAUGAGUUUGCCGGAGCCACUGUUAUCGAGCCUGCUAAAGGAUAUUACAAGGAACCAAUAGCAACACUCGAUUUUUCUUCCUUGUAUCCUUCCAUCAUGAUGGCUCACAACCUCUGCUACACCACACUACUCAAUCAGUCGAUCAUCCAGCGUGAAGGGUUGACCCCAGAUCAGUACAUAAAAACGCCAUCUGGCAAUUAUUUCGCUAAAAAAUCCGUCAUCAAAGGUCUCUUGCCUGAAAUUUUGGAAAACUUACUGGCUGCUAGAAAAAAAGCAAAGACCGACUUGAAGAACGAGUCGGAUUCCUUCAGACGCCAGGUGUUGGAUGGCAGACAGCUUGCCCUCAAGAUUAGCGCCAACAGCGUCUAUGGCUUCACAGGGGCUCAAGUAGGAAUGCUGCCAUGUCUGGAUCUCUCACAGAGUGUCUCAGCGUUCGGCCGCAUGAUGAUCGAGAAAACGAAGCAGCACGUGGAGGAGAUGUUCACGAAAUCGAAUGGAUAUUCGCACGACGCCAAGGUGAUUUAUGGGGAUACUGAUUCAGUGAUGUGCCAUUUUGGAGUGCAGACGGUUGCAGAAGCGAUGCAACUGGGCAGGGAGGCAGCUGAGAAGAUAUCGAUAAAGUUUGACGACCCCAUCAAAUUGGAAUUUGAAAAGGUAUAUUACCCGUACCUUCUCAUCAACAAGAAGAGAUACGCUGGAUUGUACUACACAAAACCUGAUACAUACGACAAAAUGGAUUGCAAAGGCAUUGAAACUGUCAGAAGAGAUAAUUGCCCACUAGUUGCCAACCUUAUUAACUCGUGCCUACAGAAAAUUCUCAUUAACAAAGAUCCAAUGGAGGCUGUUGAGUAUGCGAAGCAGAAGAUAUCAGACUUGCUGUGUAACAGGAUCGACAUCUCACAACUUGUCAUCACCAAGGAACUCACUAAGAAAGACAACGAGUAUGCCGGCAAACAAGCUCACAAUGAACUUGCUAAUAGGAUGAAAAAGCGAGACCCGGGGAGUGCGCCCCAGCUGGGAGAUAGGGUGCCGUUCGUCAUUAUCGCCGCACCGAAAGGAACGCCUGCCUAUCUCAAAUCUGAGGAUCCAAUAUACGUCCUUGAAAACAACAUAGCCAUCGACACGCAGUACUACCUUGAAAACCAGCUAUCCAAUCCUUUGCUCAGGAUCUUCGAACCUAUUCUUGGGGAUAAAAAAGCCGAGAGCAUAUUGUUGAAGGGUGAACAUACGCAGACAAAAACUUUGGUAGCUUCGAAAGUUGGUGGCCUGGCUGGUUUUACACAGAAGAAAGAAACUUGCAUUGGGUGUAAAACUCCGCUUGAUCAAUCUAGUCCAGUUUGCGUACAUUGCAAACCAUCAGAAGCCGACAUCUACCGAAAAGAGAUUGCUUAUUUUAAUUCUUUGGAGGAAAAAUUUUCACGUCUAUGGACCCAGUGUCAGAGAUGUCAGGGAAGUUUACAUGAAGAAAUUCUAUGCACUAGUCGAGAUUGUCCAAUCUUCUACAUGAGAAUCAAAGUCCAGAAGGAUCUCUCGGCUCAGAAUGCUGUCGUCGCCAGGUUCGAUUGCGAGUGGUGA